UGUUUUGCGAGCAUCAAACAUUUGUGAACUUUGCGAUGGUUGAUCAAUUAGAAGAACUGAAAAGCCUCUCUUCAAUAGCCACCACCCAACCUCACAGUGCUUUCGCUGCUUUCACACAUGGUUUCGCUAGUAAAUGGACAUAUUUGGCUCGAACCACCCCAGGCAUUGCUAACCUCCUUAAGCCACUAGAAGAAACAAUAAGGACAGUCUUUUUGCCAAAAUUGACUGGACAGAAUGCCUUUGGUGAUCUGGAAAGACAGAUAAUGGCACUCCCAGCCCGCCAUGGGGGACUUGGUAUAGCAAACCCGUGUGAAACAAGCCCUGGUCAGUUCACGAUGAGCAUGUCAAUCUCAGCACCACUAGUCAGCCUGAUACUUGACCAAUCCGAUAUAUACGAACCUACAAUGAAGCAAGAGCAAGCCAGACUGAGGAACAAUGCCAAAAAAUUCCGCCGACAGAUGGAAGCCAGGACAGCAAGUGAGCUAAAUGAAGAACUAUCAAACAAUUUGAAAAAAAUGGUUGGAGUAUGCUCAGAGAAAGGUACCUCAAGCUGGAUAACAGCGCUGCCUAUUGCAGAGCAUGGUUUCAUGCUACACAAGGGAGCCUUCAGAGAUGCUCUUUGCCUCAGGUACGGCUGGCGGCCUCAGAACCUACCCUCUCACUGUGUCUGUGGACUUCACUUCACAGUAGAGCAUGUACUCAGCUGCUCUAGGGGAGGAUUUCCAACAAUAAGACAUAAUGAAAUACGCAACAUCACAGCAAAUCUUAUGAGCGAAGUAUGUCCAGAUGUGGGUAUUGAACCAACCUUACAGCCUGUGACGGAAGAGCAGUUCCAACUUAGGACAACCAACCGCGAGGAUGGGGCUCGCCUUGAUGUUGUGGCCCAGAGCUUCUGGAGCAACGAUAGACAGAGUGCAUUUUUUGAUGUCAGGGUCUUCAACCCGUACGCACCUACCUAUCGCCGCUCCACCAUGGCCCAGAGCUACAGAAGAAACGAGAUGGAGAAGAAGAGAGCUUAUGAACAGCGUGUAAGAGAAGUCGAACAUGGAUCGUUUACGCCUUUGGUUUUCUCUGCUGCUGGAGGUAUGGGUCCGGCUGCAGAUAUUGUCUACAAGAAACUAGCUUCAAUGCUGGCAGAGAAACAGGACAAAACAUACAGCACAACUCUGAAUUGGAUGAGGUGUAGGCUAAAUUUCUCCCUCAUAAGAUCAGAGAUUAUGUGCAUCAGAGGCUCUAGGAAGUCAUUCACCACCACCACACCAUGGAAGGCCUUAGACACUGGCACUAUUGACCUAGCAACUCAAGAAGGCCGGGUGCUAUCGGUCUGAAACAUGUGUUUUCACCCAGGAACUUUAUAAAAUUAUGUCACAUGUUUUUGUUGUUUUUUCUUGGUUUGUUUUUUUGUUUUGUCUUUUGUCUUCUCACUUGUAAGUAUAGUUGAUCAAUUCGCAACAAUAAAAUCCGCAAAACCUAAAUUAUUACCGCAUGAUCCUUGCCAGAACACAAUAAUUAAA